AUGGUCCAGCGCAGGCGGUCCACCCUCUCCUUCCGCCCCAAGUCCGCCCAUCCCGCCGCCGACCCCGAGCCCGACAACCAGAUCCCGCGCCCGCCCAAGCGCACGCAGAGCCAGGUCUUUGGGCCUCACGACGUCGAGGCUGAAGCCUCUGCAUGGCGCCACGCGCACCAUGCCGGCCCUGAGAAGGAGGCAAAGCUGUCGCACGAUACCCACCGCCAGGAGAGCCACCGCCGUCAGUCGACGCUGCACAACAUCGAGCUCGCCCUCAGCACCGUCCGCGACCUCAUCCAUCGCCGCGGCCAAAGCCAGAGCCAGAGCGCACCCGCUCCUUCCGCCGGACCCAGCCGCAGCCAGGAAGCUACCGUCGACAUGCGCCCACAGCGUUCGCCGUCGUUCGCCAAUCCCCCUUCGGACGCCGACGUCGAGUCGCUCGCCUCCUCCUCUCCUCUUCAGCCCUCACAAACCGUCCCCUCCAGCAAACACCAGGGUCCCAAGCGCUGGGCCAGCGCCCGUCGCUCGUUGAAGAAGUUCCGUCGCCCUGCCGUCUCGGGUCCCGCAAACGACCGCUGGAAUCCUCUGCCGCCACCGUCGCUGGGCCCGCCCUACAUUGACCACAACACCGGCCAGGCCGCCCGCGAUUCGGCCAAUCAGCUCAACGCCAUGAACCUCAGCCUGCACUCCCGCAGCCGCUCCAAGGUCUCACCAUGUGGUCAGAUGUCUGAAACGGAUAGUGUUAUCGGAGAUGACCAGGGCCAGCUGGUGGCACAGCCGCCGCGGAUGGACUUCGUCCAACGAUUCCCCCGCGAACUGUCCGAGCACGUCUUCACGUUCCUCGAUGCCUCGUCCCUCGCCAUUUGCGAGCGUGUGUCGCGUGGCUGGAGGGAGCCCGCCCAGUCCCGCCAUGUGUGGCGUGUUGUCUUCAACCGCCAGUAUGAACAACAGAUCCACGUCGAACCUCCACCACUCCAAAUGGGUGGUGUUGGCACCGGCACCACACAACCCUACCAGGACUGGAAGUUGAUGUAUCAGAUCCGGAAGACAAUUGAGCGCCGGUGGAGGUCUUCGCACCCGGCUGCUGUCUACUUCAAUGGCCACACCGACAGUGUAUACUGCUGUCAGUUCGAUGAAAACAAGAUCAUCACCGGCUCUCGCGAUCGCACCAUCCGCGUUUGGGACUUGAACACUUACAAAUGCCUGAAGGUGAUUGGCGGGCCCGAGGCCCGCCCGCAGCCCAACACCCCCCCAGCUCUGGACAUCAAGCGUCAGUACACCGAGAGUAACAUCCCUUCGGUCAACGGCACCCCCGAGGGCCAUGCCAUUUACCACCAGCCCGCCUUCUAUCACUCGGCCAGCAUCUUGUGCUUGCAGUUUGACGAUGAGAUCGUCGUCACCGGAUCCUCGGACAGCUCCUGCAUCGUCUGGGAUAUCAAGACUUGGGAACCCAAGUGGCGUCUCAAUGCCCACGAAGCCGGUGUUCUUGAUGUGUGCUUUGACAGCAGGUACAUCAUCUCCUGCAGUAAGGACAACUCUAUCUGUAUUUGGGAUCGCAAUACCGGCGAGCUACUGAAGCAGCUUCGCGGCCACCGAGGUCCUGUCAACGCCGUGCAGAUGCGUGGCGACCUUCUUGUCUCUGCUAGUGGCGACGGUGCCGCAAUGCUCUGGAACAUCAAGACCAAGGCUUUCGUCAAGGAACUGAGGAGCGGUGAUCGAGGUCUUGCCGCUGUCGAGUUCAGCGAUGAUGCCAAAUACGUCCUCGCCGGGGGCAAUGACCAGACUGUCUACAAGUUUGAUAUCAACACCGGACAGGUUGUCAAGAAGUACACUGGCCACACCGGUUUGGUGCGUUCUCUCUUCCUCGACACUCCCAACAAACGAGUGCUCUCAGGUAGCUACGAUCAGAGCAUACGGGUGUACGACUACGAGACCGGCGAGGAUAUUUCGGUUUAUGACAACUGGACGACCAGCUGGAUCCUGAGCGCCAAGAGUGACUACCGGAGAAUCGUGGCAACUAGCCAAGAUGGCAGGGCGCUAUUACUUGACUUCGGGUAUGGCAUUAAGGAUGUAGAGGUUUUGGCUGGCGCUCGCCGGUGA